AGCCGCUUGGUUGGGCUCAAGGGCCGUGUGUCCCGGGCCGCCCGGGGGGCCGGAGCUGGCAUGCCCGUCAAGCCCUUGGACCGCCGAGGCGGGGAUGGACGCCGAGAGGCCCGACGGGGGCGGCCCCGCCCCGCGAGGGCGGCGGCGCCGCGCUGGCUGCUGAGGUGCACCUCCGGCGCCCUGGCGGUGGCUGCGCGCGUGGCCGCGGGGCCCCAGGCCUUCUGGGCGGCCUGGCCCCGGCCCGCGGCGCCGGCGGCGCCGUGGGCCUGCGGCGGCCGCGUGCGCCUGGCCGCGAGGGGCGGCGACGAGGAUCAGGAGGGCGAGGAGACGGCGCCAGCGCCAGCGCCGGCGCCGCCCCCGCCACCGCUGGCCGAGAUCCGUGCGGGUGAUCGCUUCACGGGCUGGCUGAAGCAUCCGGUCUUGACUCGGGGUGACAAGUUCAGCCUCAUCUAAGGAUUGGCCCCGGCGACAGCGAGGGCACCUGGAGCAUCCAGAAGCCCACGGCUACAGAGGAGGCGGCCCCAGCCUUCGAGGGCGGCUGCAAGGUUCAGAGGGGCUCCGCCCCAGGGCAGGUGCUCUUCAAGGAUCUGGACACCGUGCUGACGGCCUCCAU